CACACACACACACACACAGGAUGGGGAGGGACUGAUCCACACACCAUAAGUUGGGUCAGACUGGCUUCUGUCAGCACAUCACCGCCCACCAGUCGGGUUCCAGUCGUGUCCACUGAGAAGCGUGGCUCCUUGACCAUCAUGCUGCUGCAGAAUCGACUCUCUGGGCAGUGGGCUAUCUCUUCCCAAACCCCACGGCUCUGAAGUUACCUCCGUUCAGGUGGAAGAGCUCGAACUGCCAUGACCUCUAAGGUCGAGUCGAAAUGCUCUGAGGUGCUGGGGAAGAGGAGACCCAGUCCAGCGGGCCAGCUCCCACCGCCGGCCACCGCCAGCAAGCCGCUGACGCCCUUCGGCAUCGAGGACAUCCUCAGCAAGCCGUGUGCGAAGAGGAGCCGGCCGCUCCCGUCGUCUCGGCGGGAGAGCGGCCCGUCCGACCGGCCGCCGCCGGGCCUGAGCUCCCCGCUGUGCGCGCUGGAGGAGCUGGCCAGCAAAACCUUCCGGGGCAUGGAGGUCAGCGUUCUGCAGGCUGCAGAGGGCCGGGUCGGUCAGGGCCUUUUCGGACAGAGGAACGCGCCUAAGAAGCGCCGAAAGUCCCGGACGGCCUUCACCAACCACCAGAUCUACGAGCUGGAGCAGCGCUUCCUGUACCAGAAGUAUCUGAGUCCGGCGGACCGGGACCAGCUGGCCCGGCGCCUGAGCCUGACCAACGCGCAGGUCAUCACCUGGUUCCAGAACAGGCGGGCCAAGCUCAAGCGGGACCUGGAGGAGAUGAAGGCCGACGUGCAGUCCGCCAGAGCCGCCGGAGCCGCCGGAGCCGCGGCCCUCCAGAAGCUCUCCAAGCUGGCGGAGCUGGAGACGCGCGCGGCGGGGAGUCUGGGCCUGGUGGCGCGCUCUGCGCCGAACCGGGCCGGAGGACCGGAGCGGAGGCUCGGCAGGACUGAGGGAGAUCUCAGCAGGCCGCAUGCGGCUCCAACUCUCCCUUCCCCCAAGCAGCCGCGGGACAGAGACGCACCGAUCAGCAGGUACGGUUCGGAGGAUGAUGAAGAAGAGGAGGAGGAGGAGGGGGAGGAAGAGGAAGAGGAGAUCGAUGUGGGUGACUGAAGCAUCCCACGUAGCGUGGAGUGACUGUUUUCCUACUUUAAUUCAGUCGCACUAGUGAACAUGGUUGAGUGAAUAUGAAGGUAUUUUUUUGGUGCCAAAGUGGCCUGGAA